AGAGCAGAGUGAAGUAAAGAAGGAGAAGGGAGAAGGAGUGAGAGAGGGGGAGAAAAGAGAGGAGAAGGGAGAUACGGAGAAACAGGAGUAAGAGGGAGAGAGAGAGUGUGUGUGUGUGUGGCGAGAGCAGGAGGGAGGAAGAGAGACACAGCGAGAGAGAGAGAGAUAAGAGGAAAACUGCAAAUUUAGUGUCCAGGCUUCCCAGUACGCACAGAUAUCUCGUCGGCUGCACCGUCCGAGCAGCUCUCCGCUCUGCAGGAUGAGUUCGUUCAGUACGAGGGCUCUGACGCUGCUCUCGUCAGUUUUCGGGGCCUGUGGUCUGCUGUUGGUGGGUGUUGCUGUGUCAACAGACUACUGGCUGCUGAUGGAGGAGGGCAUCGUCCUGCAGCAGAACCAGACCACCGAGGUCAAGAUGGCGCUGCAUUCUGGCCUGUGGAGGGUCUGUUUUGUAGCAGGACCUGAGAAGGGCAGAUGUGUGGCGUCCGAAUAUUUCACUGAGCCAGAGAUCGAGAUCACAACAGAAAAUACAGCCAACAUACUCAAAAUGGUUCGAACUGCCACUCCCUUCCCCAUGGUCUCUCUGCUCUUCGUCUUCACUGCCUUCGUCAUCAGCAACAUCGGACACAUCCGGCCACAGCGCACCAUCCUCGCCUUUGUCUCCGGAAUAUUCUUCAUACUGUCAGGUCUCAGUCUGGUGGUGGGUCUGGUCUUGUAUAUCUCCAGUAUCAAUGAUGAGGUGAUGAACCGACCCAGAGAGCCGGAGCAGUUCUUUCACUACCACUACGGCUGGUCCUUCGCCUUCGCCGCCUCUUCCUUCCUGCUCAAAGAGGGUGCAGGAGUGAUGUCUGUCUACCUCUUUAUGAAGCGUUAUGCUGAGGAGGAGCUGUACAGGCCUCACCCGGCUCUGUACCGCCCCCGCAUGUCUGACUGCAGUGACUACAGCGGCCAGUUCCUCCAUCCAGACUCCUGGCCUCCGCCGCAGCGUGGUCGCAGCGCCUCUGACGUCUCCUCCGACAUCUCCAUCCAGCUCAACCAGACUCCACCCCCACAGCCACCUCCAAAGGGGGGCAGCAGCUCCCAGCCGACGCCCUCCUCGUCUGGGCCUUCAUCAGCGGCCAGCUACCAGCUCCAGCCGGCCUCUUCCUCCUCCACCUCCUCCUCCUAUCCACACCCCCUUCACCCAGCCGCCACCUCCACCCUGCCCAGGGCCUCCCAUUCCCACAGUCACCCGCAGCCCCACCCACACCCAAGCGGGCCCCCACCUCAGUCCCUGCCCAUGGCGGCACCACCCUCGGCCGUGCCUCCUCCCCGCUAUCACACGCACAUGCGGAUGAGCGCCUCGCCAUGCUAGGCUAUAUACACAGGGAAGGGGAGGGAAAACACAAUGGGGGGGGGAUUAGAUUUGUUCUGUCACAGCUCAUAUACACUACAAGACAACACACACACAAACACAAAUCUUGUACCCUGAAAGUGUGUGGGAGGAGGGAUACAGGGAGGGAGGUUUAAGGAGAUCAAAAAAGAGUAGAGAGGAGGAAAGAAAAGCGGGGAGGAGGGGAGGAGAGGCAGGUGGGCGGAGGGAUGACUCACCGCUGGUGCCGAGCCCAAGACAAAGACAGACACUUAAAACUUUUAACACGCUGGGAGGGAACAUGGGAGGGGAGGAGUGAGGGAUACGAUGAUUAGUAGCAACAAGACGUUUGUGGGGUUUCUGACGGGUACAUUCAUCAUCAGGGCCGUGAUACACAGGCAACAGUGUGAAGCAGCACAGGAAACAGGAAGCUGAAUCAUUUCCAAAACACUGUCCAUUCAGAAAAAGAACAAAAAAGUUCAAACAAGCAGUAUAUAUCUGAUUAUGCGCACAUUACCCUGUCAUCAAACAAGAACUAAGGAGACCUGCUUUUCUUUGAAAAGCACUAGAAAAAUUCAUUCAUCAUUCUUAUGUAAUUCCAUGGACAUGGUUGAGAGGGUUACUUGAUUACAUCUUGAUAACUUUAUAAAUAAAUGUUGAAACCCAGAAAGUGAAUUAUAUAUCAACAGUAGACCGUUGUUACUGUGGCAUUUGUUCUUGAGGGAGAGUACAGAUGGUGCAUAAAAACAACUGCUAAUGUAAAUGUAGCGCAAUCUACAAACAGCCCAGUAACAAAUACUGAGAGACACUGGUUCAACUCAGUGCUCAUUUGAGACUGUUGUUUGUGACACAUGACACAGUGAAAAUACAAGUAGGAGUCUGAAUAUGCAAACAAAAAACUGUAGCCAACACAUGGGGUAUGUAACACUAAUGUCUCCUCUGAAUGACAUGGGCUCAGUCUGUGGAAGUAAUCUGUAUCACAGCUAAACAGAAUAACUUACCCUUUUCAGAAUGACAGCAGUGUGCUGGUCCAGUGGAAACAAUAAUAGUCGUGAACAUAGUGAUGGGUUGCAUCACUUCCCUGCCUUUCUCUUGGAAACCUGGGUCUCAAAAGAAACAUGAAAAAUGCCGCUAUGAUAAGGAAUAUUUCUAUUAUUAAUCAGUAUUGCUUACAACUUUUGCCCAUGUACCAUGACCUAAAACCACAACUAUUAUGUACACACCCACAGGUAAACUGUAUAUGCAUAUAGAGAUUUAUACUCCAACUGUAUAGAGAUUAUUCUUCCUCCCUCUCUUCUAGAUUCUUGCUGAAUUUAAAGUUAUGAAAACUUAAUCCUGUAUGUCUGUCAUGGGGUGUAAAUACUACAGUAUGUUUUAGGUGUUUUAGCUAUUGAAUUUUCUAAGCUGUUUGUAUUUUGAGACGGAAGUCUUGGGGUGAAUGUUCAACUUUUCGUGGAAUGAAACCCGAGGACGUAACUGAGAGACUUUUAAAAGCAUGGAGCACAGUGAGAGAGACUGUCAGUUUCCCCGGUGAUCACCCAUGGUACAAUCGAAAUGGAUGCCUUGGACUUUUGGCACUGUUGCCAUGGAACUGAGCAUUUAAAUUUCUUAGGUGUGUACAUAAUAAUACAUACAGAUAUGAGAAACCAGGUUCUGAUUGCAUUCCAUUUGAAUCUGUCCAAUACAGAAAAUAAGAAUCUACUCUGGUAGAAUGUAGGUGGAAAUAUUUUCAGACCAAUCAUCAGUCAUUUCAACAUUAUUCAUGAUAGUUUGGAGAUUUACUUGUGCUCCCUGAAUGGACAGAUUUGAAAUGGAAUAUAAAUUGAAUCUUUUCCUGGUUUCAUAUAGGGAAUAGAAGGUUUAUAUAAAAAUAUAUGGAAAUAAAGACAUGGCACUUUGAUGAACACGAGCUUACAUGGGGAGCAAACUGAAAACCUGAGUGCACAGUAACAGAUGGCUUUGAAUUCCAAUUUACCUCCUGUUUUGAUCUAUUAUUAAUGUAAUUAGCUCAGCUACCACUCACUGGAAUGAGAUUUUACAACUCCCUUUUUGCACACUUUUUCUGCAUCCAGAUAUUUUGGUUCUUUCAGAUAUUUAUUUCAAAAAGGUGUCAGCUCUUUUCUUUGAUGACAAAUUGAAAAGAAUAAAUAUCUGAAAGGUUAAGAGGUGUUGUAGUGUGAACCGGUCAGGACUCUGUGCAGGCAAGUCAAGUCCAGGCAAGUGGGAAAACCAGCUCUUCACAGAUCUGGCUCACUGCAAGAGGGCAAACAGACAGAAAAUCGACUAAUCCAAUAAACUUGCCACAAAGGUUGGAGAACACGCUGUUUAAAAUAAAACUAUAUGCUCAAGCAUUAGUUAAGUAAGCAUAAGUUUUUCAGUUUGACUCCCAUUAAAGUUCUCAUGUUGCACAGUGACUUAAAGAAACAAACUUAAAGACUGCUUGUUUUUUAGCAUAUUAACGAUCAUGCCCAGCAUAGGGUGAUGUUUGUAGCCAUUUUUAGACCUAUACGGGGAAAAAUGUUAUGCUUACAACCUGUGGUACUGUUAACAAAAAAAAAAAACAGUGUAGCAAAUUAAUUGCGGUGUUAGCAUCUUUAUGACUAUUUGCUAUGUGAAAAUUAAAUAGAAAAUCAUUUAGCAGCUGAGUAUGAGAGCUUUUGCUGAUGUUUUGAGAUGUUUAUUUAUUUAAUUGCCAAAGCUGAGCAUUCAUGCUGUGUAGUGAACACACACAGACACACAAACAGACAUACACAGAGAUAUAUUUAUGUAGCUGACUUCUGAGGAGGUUUUUUUCUGAUACAGCUAAAUCAGAACCAACUGUUUUUUGCGGACAUCACAGCAGAGAAGUAGAGCUCUGAUGCAGUGAACCGCUUUUUGAAAUGUUUACUUCCUCUGUUCAACGCAGACAUUUCUUCAAACUGUGAUUUGGGUGUAAAUAUUCACACUGUACACGCUGUAUGCAGUCUACCCGAGAUGUGUUUACAGUGUAAAAAGUAGAGAACAUUUAAAAGUUUACAUGGUCACCUUUGUUUUGAGUCAAAUGGUGUUUGACUCAGUUCCCGUCAAAAACUGACCAUAUAUCACAUGUGAGUUUAAAUAGAGAGUUUGUUUUCAUCAUUCCUGAAACGUGCAGUUUGCAGGAGUGAGGUUUUUAUCUGCAGCAGUGUGUUUGUUAAGUUUAAAACCAAUAAAGCUUGCCUGGUUCCAGCCGA